AUUAUGGCAGUUUACAUACGGAAAAAGUGAAAGUGGCAAAAAUACGAAACUUCCGCUAACCUAUUUAUCUUGCGUGGGUGUAAAAUUAUUAAAUUAUCAUAAACAAAUGCACUAUCAAGAAUAUAUUUGUCGAGAUGAAGGUUUAUUCGAUUCCUCCGUAGGAGAAGUUUCAACUUUUGAUUUCCCUCGCAUGAUCUGACAGUCCAACAAUGUGCAAUAGUGAUGAGAAGUCCCAGCAAUGAUGACGAGGAUUCUGAGGACAAGGUUUCCUUUGACAUAGUGACCACUCAGUCCGCCAUGAUGGGUAACAAGGGGCACAACUCAGGUGAGGACCACAAGAGGAUCCUGGUGAAGCAGUCAGCUGUUGACGAGGACAGUAACCAAGGAAGAUCUGUCCUCAGCCACCUUAAGGAUCAACCUAGAAUAUCUGAGAGACCCUUUAAACAAUUUCUGGGCUUAGAACAUGGAGAGCUACCAAAACAGCAUAGCGAUCCAGGAGGCCGUGUGUCUAGGGAUGUACAUUAUAGUUUUGAUAACUCGGAGAAGAACUUUCUUUUUUCUUCUGAUUUUCAUCCAGAUGUGGAGCAGGAUGAAAGGAGAAAAGUUAUGGAGAGGUACAAUGUGGAAACAUUUUCUUCACGAUUUCAACAGAGUAGGCAAAUGUCUAAAAUGGUUUAUAAUGCUAGUGCUCCUAAUCUUCUGAUUGAAGAGAAAGACUCUGUGCAGAUUCGUGAAACAGUGAUCUCAUCUUCAGGAUUUCCAUUUCCGUUUUCAAAUUCAGGAAGAGAUUCUUCAAACUUAUUGACUAAGAAUCUUUCUUCGGAAACAACUCAUUCUAGUGAAGAUAUUAACUUGUACAGGGGUGCCUCACCUCGUGGGAGAAGUAGAGAACUGUUUAGGUAUGCUCCCCGACUACAGAGAAGUGAUGAUAGUACUACUUCACAUAGUCAUCAUUCCUAUGUUAGUGGGUCUGAUGACAGCCCAAGCAGUAGGGAGCCUUCACCUUUCAAUAAGGAUCUUCACGGAGUGCCUAUCCACAGUAUUCGUAUUAGUUCACCCGGUAUUUCAGUGGAGUCUGUGGAUGAAUCCUCUGAUGGGGAGAAAAGGCGGAUGAUCCACCAACCCACCAGCAUUGUGAUCACCACAGACGACAAUGUCUCCAGUGUAGUGGAGGGACUCAAAGAGGAUGAUGGUGAGGAGGACGGAUUCCAUCGACUUCGGAGAGAAUACUCUGAGCAGCACCCCACGAAGGACUCCUCUUCAGUCACAGGAAAUUUCAAGAAAUAUCUCCAUGCUCGUUAUAUAAAGAGUCAGUCCUCCUCCUCAACAGAUACAUCUUCUCUUGAUCAUUCCCAGGACAGACCAGACAUUCCAGGGUUGGGAUCAUUUGAUCAACAAAGGUCAUUUGACCAGCAAAGAUCACUGGAUUUGAAAAGUCCAUUGGAUCUCAGAGAGACAGCUGAAGAUACUGUAUCUCAACAGCUCUCAGCAGCAAGCAAAAUAAAGUUGUCAGAGUCCUCAACUUCUUCCUCUUCAUUUGAAAGGAAAUCUUUUGAAAUGAUCCAUCAAGGCAGUGAGGAUAAUGAUGUGUUCAUGGAUCCUUCAGUUAAACCUUUAGUGCAUCAGUCAAAUCUUCAACAGAUAUCAGAUUCUGAACCUGUGGAUUUACGACAGAAUAUAUCAAAUGUAAAACUAGAGGACAACAAAAACCAGAAUGAAAUUCACAGAUCUCAGUCUCCAAGACAGUUGUCUCCACAGGCCUCAGUUAAAAAAGAACAAAAGACACACCUGCUUCAGCAGCAAACCCCCCAGCAAACAUAUCACAAGGUCCCCAUUAUAGCAACCACAUCUUACAGCUCCCCUGACCUCAACAAGGCAAGCAUGGAAGCCGAUGUGCCACAAUCUGUUACACCUAGACAACAGUAUAUGCCCUACAUGCAUCCUCUGCAUCAUUCUCCAAGUCUCCACACCCCUCACAUAUCAGCCUCUCACCCUCAACCUUCUCCAUUGUGUUCAGUUCCAGAAGGAGGGCACAUCUUCAACUUUAAUCUCCCAAGUCCUUUUGAUGGUGGCUUCUUCUCCGAUCCUGAAAUGUUGUCUCCAAGUCCUAUGUCUCCGGGUUUCUCUCACUUUGCCUUUCCUCCACGUGGAUCCUUGAUUAAUUCCAUGUCUGAAUUGAACAGACUAGCUGUGUCCCCUCGCGCAAUGUACCCUAGUCACUCUCUUGUACUUCCUCCAUCAAAACUAACACACACCACUGCCAAACCCGAGACCCAGUCUCACGAGAGGAGGAUUCAGUCAGAAAGUGACGCCUACCUGUGCCCCAUGUGUGGGCAGGUGUUCCCUGCCUAUGACAACUUAGCAAAACACAUGGCCAAACAUCUCCCAACAGAAACUAUACGACAGCCCGAUAAUAACAAAAUUCACUUCUGUAAAGUUUGUAAUAGAUCGUUUUCGCGUAGUGAUAUGUUGACUAGACAUAUGCGACUUCAUACAGGAUUGAAGCCUUACGAGUGCAGUGAUUGUGGGCAAGUAUUUUCUAGGAGCGACCAUCUGAAUACACAUAGAAGGACACACACAGGAGAGAAACCUUAUAAAUGCCCCCAAUGUCCGUACGCUGCCUGCAGGAGAGACAUGAUAACUAGGCACAUGAGGACACACACAAAAAAGACAAAUAAACGUAAAUUUUUGUCAGUGCCCGAGAGUGAUAGUGAUGUUAGAAAGAGUUCUUUUUCUAGUACAGAUACAUCAGAUUCUCAUGACCUGGGUAUCAGGUCGUUUUCGCAGUCCAGCAUUGAGAGCGUUGAUCCCGAUGGAGGAACUUCUUUAACACCUGCUAAAUAUAACCUAACACAAGAGGGAGCAAGGACCCCCGAAAGGAUGGAGAAGAGUGGAACAGAAAUAGAAGUUCCCAAACUCGGUGGUCGAUUUCAGAGUUCUAGGAGAGAACAUGCCUUUGAAUCUCAGCACUUGUAUCGCAAACAAAGACAUGUGAUAGGGAGUAGCUACGAAAGUUUCGAAUCGGAGUCGGGAAGUUUUCAAAGGGAUUCCUUUGAUCAGGAAGCAGUCCAAGAAAUGGAGUCGUCACAUGCUGGUAAACAGGGAAGCGAAUUGCCCGAUGCAAUGGAGGAGAAUUUAAGCAAAUGUUUUGGGGAAAGUAUAAAAACUGAUUGAGGUAGCCGUAGUUUAAAAAUACAUUAUAAGCAUUCCCAAAGAAAUAUUUUUCAGUGCAUUUUUACAGUGUAUUAAGUCAAAGAGGAAACUACACUUGAUUGUGAUGCUUGGCGGUUAACUGCACAAUUUGGAAGAAGAACAGGCAGGAUUUUUCCUAGUACUACUAAAACAGUGUAUUUACAAAUUUAGUAUACAAAUUUAGUAUAUAUAUUGGAAUUUUUGAAUUAGAGAGAUUUUAUUUGUGAAAUUAUUGUUUUUUUUUCUUUUAUUGUUAUAGCCAUAUUUGCUCAUGGCAUUUUUUUUUGUUAAUGUUUGUAUUCAGAACUUGAUACUUGUUGACUUUUGUGAUUUUGCAUUAAAAGUGCUAAUGUAACUGUGUAUGUUUGAAAUGCAUUUACCUUCUAGUUCUUAGGUAUUAUCCCUGCUUUCCCCCAUUUUUAGCUUGAGCUGACUGGGAAAUUGAAGGAUUUUUUCAUGAAGUUAGGUCCUGUUAUUUUCAUUUGUAUGAAUUAUUGAGACAAUGGGCAACAAGAUAUAUUUUUCUUGAAAGUGAAAUUGAAUCCAUAGGUGAAUAUAAUCUGCAUAGAAGAUUUUUUUUUAAUCAAAGAAAGUAAUUCAAAUUGCCAAACAAUUUUUUUUUAAAGGAAAGAAAUCUGAUCCUUAAGUAUUUUUUCUCAAAAUUUCACUUUAAUUUCUAAGAGAAGUUAAUGUAUUUAAUAAUCAUUUUAUUUUUUCUGAGUUGUGACCGAUGAUUUUCAAAGUGCCUUACAUAUAAACCAAAUUAAAUACCAGUGUUAUUAAGUUUAAAUUAACAAAAUGAAAUAAAAUCAAAAUAUGCAUAUAAAUCAAUGUCAAUAAUGAAACAAGACACGAGAAGGGGUAGAUAAUAUGCAAAAGCAAGUUAAGAAAGAAGAAAAACUUAAAAUCCUCUUUUUCUGUAAAUUUGUCUACUUUGCAUUUUUAUAAAAAAAAAUUUUGGAUACAUCUUACUUCUAAAGUAAGUUUAAUCUCUGUCCCUUAAAUACUCUUUUUUAAAAACACUUUUGAUAUUUUAUAAUUUUGUGAACAAAAUAUGGAAUAAUUCUCUGCCAGAAUUUCCCCUCAAAUUUAGAAAUCAGAAAUAUAUAAUUGUUUUGAUACCCAAAAAGGGGGAUGAGUAAUUCCUUAGAAUUUCAGUUUUUAUCUUCAGUCAUCUUUAAUUUUCCAAUAUGGCAGCUAUGACUCUUCUGUUUUUGUUCUUCAGAGGAUGGGAAUUACUAAGCAUUAGAACUGAAUCAUUGAAACAAUUUCUGAUGAACUUGAAACUAUAAUUUAAUUCAAUGUCUUCUUGGCAGAAAAAAAGGUCUUUGUUUUUAUAUUUUCUUGCAAAAGACCAUUCCUUAGAAAUGACUAAUUUUAGAUGAAUCCCUUCUUACUACAAAUUAAUUUCUCUAUCUCUGAAAAUAGAAAAGAAAAAUUUUGUUUCCUGAGAAAGAGGGACUUUGAAUUUACAGAACAUAGACUUAUCAUAAUAAGAGUUGUGUAGUAUGGUAUGCAUGAAAUAUUUUUGUAUUCCAUGAAAUAAACAUCCAUACAUCCCUAUUCUGUAUAUAUGCUUUGUUUGGGUACUUAAGUUUGCUAUACAGAUUUAACUGAUUUCUGUCAAUUACUGUUAUAUAGUAAAUUUUACACUUUUGAAAAUGAAAUUGUGGAUUUUGGAUUCCUGUUCUUAUUAUCAAUGAAUGUUAAGACUUGUUUUAUCAAUAGUAAAUAUUUGGAGUGUACAGUGAACAAAGGAAAAAAGAAGACAAUUUUACGUUUUAAAAAAUCCACAAUUCAUUUUCAAGCGGUAUGGCUAUUGUUUGCAUUUUUAAUUUCAUUAAAAAGUUUGCACUGUUUUUACUGAUGCAAAAUUUGGUUUCACCGGUGACUUAUCUGAAGAAAAUAGAUGUCUUAUUCAAAACAAAGCUGUGAUUUACUGUGUUAUGAAGUAUUACUGAAAGAUAAACAAAAAAUCAUAUUUUUUACAUUUUUAUCAAACAUUAGAUUGUAUCAUACAUGUAUUUUAUUAGUAGCUUUAAUUAGGAUUCAGAAUCCAAAGUAUGAUUUUUUUUCUAGAAGCAUCCAGUGAUGGUCUGCUUCAGCAUAAUUACUUGAUGGUUAGAGUGUUUUUUUUGUUACAAGCCUCUCGAUACCCCCCCCCCCCCCCUUCUAAAAAAUAUGUAAUUGUACAUCAUUUGUUUAACAAGGGCCUUUAUAUUAACAACGAACAUCACAGAAUCAUAACAUUCAGAUGCAGUGAUGCAUAAAAUAGGGACUCUUUCUUUCUGGCAAAUUUUUUGAUAAAAAAAAAAUAUCCUCUUAAAUAUUGAAUGUUGCUAUCCCAGAUCUAUUUCAAAAAUCACCUAAAAAUAAAUUACAACGUUUAGAAAUCCCAUUAGAUUGUUCAAUGUUAUAGAAUAGACCAUAAUAUACAAUGGACUUUAACUAUGUAAUUAGAAAUGUUCCCAAAGAUUUCCAUGUAUACCGGUAGGUGUGUGCUAAUUGGACCUCUAGUCAAUUGUUAAAUGUGUAGUGUGUGUGAAGCAGUUUUAUACUCGUAUAAGAAAUCAAAAAAACCAAAAAUCAUUAAAAUACAAAGUAUGUUAAAAAGUACAUCAGAAAGUAUAUUCAUUGCCAUAAAGUUACUAUUGGUAAGUGUUACAGUCCUUAUAGUACUUUGAUUUUUUAGGUGGUAGUGGUUCUGGGGAAUUGUGUUGUGAAUAACAUGGAUCAAACUUUUAUUGAACAAGAUCCUUCAAAAAUUGCAUUCUUUGUUAUAUAAAUAUAAUUGUUAACAUUUUAAACAUAUUUAUAUAUUAUAUAUCUUACAAAUGUUUUAGAAGUCGUGAAAAAAAGGUCAUAUGUACAUUUUUUAAAAAAUGACAAAUUUCAUGUUUUUUAGCAUACGAUGUUUUGACAAUUUGAUAUCAUUUCUGUGAUAUUUUCAUAGGAGGAUAAACAACUUUUUCUACGCAAACAUUCAAUUAUCAUCCCCAUUUUCAUUACUACAUUAAACGAGGCUUCUCCUUUAUACGUAUAUCAGAAGUAACAUUCCAUUUCUGUAAUUUGCAUAACUUUAAACUCCUGAAAUUAGCUAUAAGCAUGAUGAGUAUUACAAUCAAAAAAGCUGAAAAUGGAUAUUUUCUUUGAUUAUCUAUAAUCUAUGUUUUCCCUAAAUUAUGAUAUUUUUAAAGGCAUAUAAUCUUAUGUUGAGGUAAAGAUUAUUUCUUGUUUCUUAAAGACAUAGGCCUAUGGUUUUUUUCAUGUCGAUACAUUUUUCCAGGAAUAAACAUCUUUAAUAAAUUCUUCAAAAAAAAUUUUUGGUCAAUUUUUAGGGUUAAAAUUGUAUGAACAAUUUCUGAUAGGCAGCUAGAUCUUUGGGAGAAGUAAUGAUAAUUGGUUGUGAAUUAAGCAACUUUAAAUUUAUAGGUUCUAUUAAUUGAGCAUCUGAAUUGAGUACUAUGUGUACAAGAAGUUAGAUGUUUUCUUAUAUAGAUAAAUCUGGUUCUUAUGGUGAUAUCAAAUGCUUAAUGUAUUAAGUGCUGUGAUGAUUUCGUAUAAUGGAGAUAGCUAGAAAAUCUACUGCAUUUUCCUUAUUCCUGUUUGAAAUAUUCUUUAGCUGACAAAAUUUCCGGAAUCCUUCCGGACCAAGUUUUAUAAUUUUUCAAAAGAGAAAGCAACUUAUAAUGCAGGAUUUAUAUUGUAUAUUAUAGGCAUUCAGAUCAUGUUCAGAAUUUAUAUACAUUAUGCAAUGAAAUAUUUUUGACAUGAAUGGGGAAAAUGCAGUUUCUCAUUGUUGUUACUUGUUAUUCAUUGUUUUCCCGCCAUAUUGGAAAAAGGCGGUUACCUCGUAUCAUUGUCAUUUCAUUUGUAAUUGAAUGAAACUAUUUAAAAGAAAAAAAAGCUUUUUGAAAGAC